UACUGUUCAAAAAACACAACUCAAAAACCUCUUCCUAUCUCUAUAUUUUCUCUUUACAAAGAAGUAUAUUUUUUUGUUUUACAUCUCAAAAGAGAGACUCCAUAAAUAAAAGCUAGCAGACCCCCACACCAUAAGAGUCUAUGUAGAAACACACACACUUAAAGUUUUUUGAGCAUUCUUUAAUCUAGAGAGAGAAAGCAAGAAAUCUAGUGAGAGAAAGAUGGGAAGAGCUCCUUGUUGUGACAAAGCAAAUGUCAAGAAAGGUCCUUGGUCACCUGAAGAAGACUCUAAACUUAAAGAUUACAUUGAAAAAUUUGGUACUGGUGGCAAUUGGAUUGCUCUUCCUCAAAAAGCUGGGUUGAAGAGAUGUGGAAAGAGUUGCAGAUUGAGAUGGCUUAACUAUUUGAGACCUAAUAUUAAACAUGGUGAAUUUUCUGAUGAAGAAGAUAGAAUCAUUUGUACUCUCUUUGCUAGCAUUGGAAGCAGAUGGUCAAUUAUAGCUGCUCAAUUACCAGGCAGGACUGAUAAUGAUAUAAAGAAUUAUUGGAAUACAAAGCUGAAGAAGAAACUAAUGGCUAUGGCUCCUCAUCAGUCUCAAAGAAAAUUACCAUUCUCACCUCAAAAUCUCCCAUUAUCAUCAACUCAUCACUCAUUUUUAUCAUCCCUUUACAAAGAUUUCAGUUUCAACUCUUCUGGUUCUUGUUUCACUUACACCCCAGCUACCAAUUUCAAGAAUUUCAAUGGGUUUGAUCCAAACAAUGCUUCACUUUUUCAAGCUCAAGAACAAGGAUCAUCAUUGAUGAACAAUCCCACGCAAUAUUUUCAUGGAAAAGAUAAAAUGUUGGCGUUUGGAAAUACUGAUCAUGGGAGUUGCAGUACUUCUAAUAAUUCUGAUGGAAGUUGCAGUCAGAUUAGCUAUGGGGGAAGAGAGAUUAAACAAGAAGAAAUGGGAUUUAAAAGCUUAUUCUCAAAUGGGUAUCAAGAAAAUCAGAAAUUCAUGCUAAGUUCUUAUGAUAAUCAUCAUCAGCAGCAGCAGCAAAAUCAAGAAAACGUGAGCCAGGGGUAUUUUGGAGAAACAGGAGGAGGAUUAGAGUAUGAUCUUGAAGAAGUUAAGCAACUGAUUAGUAGUAAUGAUAUGAAUAAUAAUAAUAUCAACUUCUACAAUAAUAAUAUUGAUGAAAACAAGAUCACACAAGAGAAGUUUAUGUACUACUAUUAAUAAUAUUUAUAGAUAUUUGUACUUAAUUAUUGAUUA